CCCGAGACAGCUGUAAAGCGAUAGCAGAUCUUCUGAAAAAAAUCUUUUGCUUAUCUACUUUAUUUCCAAAACGGAACCAUUUCCUUUUCUUCCAUUUCAAAAGUCACAAACUCUUCUUUUCCUCUUUCAUUCCGAUGGUCUUAGUCGUUUCUUCUUCUCUUUUAAUCUGAAAGUUCCAGGAAAUUUUUCUCUAUUUCUCUUCUAAUCGAUCGUGGAAUCCCUCCCUCUAGAUCUAAAAUUUUGUAGGUCAAAAGCCACAUCAAAAUAGAUAGCCACAUUCGCCCUCUACAUGUUCUGUAUAGGUCUCGUUUUUGCUUCCAAGAUAAGUACUUUGUCCUCUAUACCAUCAAACUCUGAAAUGUAAUUGGUAACUUGUUUUGAGAUAUCUUGACUGGUGCUUCAUUUGCCUUCAUAGAUUAACUUGUUUCUAUUUGUCCAUAUUAACCAGAGUCCGCAACAAAAGAUUCUACAUUGCUCAUUCGUCCCUUGAUUGAAAACCCAAGGUACAAUCAGAAGACAUGGUUACUGUCUCCACACUGAUCCUCAACCAUUACUCUUCUCAUCUUCAGAUUAGAAAAAGUGGGGAUGUAAUUCCACAAAAUUUUCCACACUGUAAUUUUGAAUUUCGAAGGCAUGUAUAGGUUCCGCAAUUUCCUGUAAAAAUUUUUAGUAUCGGCCUGUAUAUAAUUACUAGGAUUCAAUGUAGUAUCCUGUAAUAGUUUAUAGGCACUUCUUACUGAGCAGUUUCUAAAUGACUCCCCUCUCUACACCUGAAAGUCUUCAUGAGUGGAUUUUGCUAACAGAAUUUGCAGUAUUUUCCUAGCAAUAUCCGUAUGAAAGAGAUCGGUCCACACUGAUAUAUGGUCUCCUUUACCAACCCUCCAGCAUAAUCCUUCCUCCAGAAGCCUUUUUGCUGGCCAAACACUCCUCCAAGUAAGUUAAGGAAUGAUUUUUGUGAAAUUUGAAUACAGAAAUGGCUACAUCUCAGCUAACAGCGUCGCCAGUGACAGCAUCAGCUAGGAACUUGGCUUCAUUACAAGGGCUUAGGCUGUCCACCAUCAAAUUCUCUUCCAUUGGAACAUUAAAGCCUGGGGCAUUGACCAGCAGGUCCUUCAGAGGUUUGGUUGUUAAAGCAGCUACCGUUGUUGCCCCUAAGUACACUUCAGUUAAGCCCUUGCGUGACAGAGUGUUGGUGAAGAUCAAAGAAACAGAGGAGAAGACUGAGGGUGGCAUUUUGCUUCCAACAACUGCUCAAUCAAAGCCUCAAGGAGGUGAGGUGGUUGCUGUUGGUGAAGGGAAGACAAUUGGGAAUACGAAAUCGGAAAGUUCUGUGAAGACUGGUGCUCAGGUCAUAUAUUCCAAGUAUGCUGGGAUGGAGGUCGAGUUCAAUGGUGCAAAUCAUCUUCUCCUAAAAGAGGAUGUCAUUGUUGGACUUCUUGAAACCGAUGACAUAAAAGAUCUUAAACCUCUGAACGACAGAGUUUUAAUUAAGGUUUCGGAAGCUGAGGAGAAAACCACCGGAGGUUUGUUGCUGACCGAGGCAAGCAAAGAAAAACCUUCCCUUGGAACGGUGAUAGCUGUUGGACCUGGUACUUUAGAUGAGGAAGGUAACCUAAAGCCACUAUCGGUCUCACCUGGAAACACCGUCCUGUAUUCAAAGUAUGCUGGGAAUGACUUCAAGGGCAAUGAUGGUAGUAACUAUAUUGCUCUGAGAGCAUCUGAUGUAAUGGUUGUGCUCUCUUAGUUGUGUAAUAAGGUUUGGUUUUAGAUUUUGAGGUUAAAACUAGAUUGAUUGGAUGAGUUGCCAGUAAGCACAAGGAUUUUGUAAUUUUUUUCCUUAAAUAUAAAUGGAUGCAGCAUUUGGUAAAAAAAAAGAUUUAAGUAAAAAAACUUGAAUAUCAUCACCACAUUUGAAUAACUUAAUUUCUUGUAAAA